AUGUCUCAUGACUCUACAUUUCCUCUGAAGUAUUUGACUCGUCAUCUCAUGAAAAAGAUGGCAUCUCAAAGCGACCAUCCCUAUGCUUUGGAAGACAGACAGGCGCGUGAGCUUAACCAUCGCCUGCUCCUUGAAGAGCAGCAGCGCCGCGUCGAAACUCGUAACAUGCUGGAAGAGUCUUACCGCGCUCCUAUCUGUCCAUACUACACCAUCUCUGGACAUGCCGACUGCUGGUACUGUCGCCAGAACAGCAUCACUCGACCUCCUACCUCCACAGACACCCUCUUGCGAGAUUUGGUUCGUCUUCAGUCUCAGGCUACCACUACCUCUGCAAACACAGAGACUCCUCGUCUGUCAUCCUCGGUCUCUACAGACGAUGGCCUGCCCCGUCACAGCCAACCCAUCACACCCAGAUCGACUGUCUCAGCUACUUCACUCGGCAACAAUUACCUUCACCACCAGGACUCGAACCGCAGGCUCAUUGCCAGCAAGUCUCGCGCACCCGAUCCUGCUCCGGUCAAGGCUGCUGUCCCCAGUCCUCUCUCUGUGCUCACCCAGCCCAGAACUACCCCACUCCCUCCCUGCAAGGAUCUCCCUCCUGAGGCCGGCUUCGUCCCUGUCAGCGUUCCACCCACAUUCUUCCGCUUCUUGUCUCUGCCUGUUGAAGUCCGCAAGCGUAUCUACGCCUACUCCGUCUACAACGGUGGUCAUGGCCUUUUGAUAGCAAGAGAUCUUAGAGCUUACCACCAAGCCCCCAUCACUCGCGUCAAUCGUCAGAUCCGCAGAGAAUCUCUGCCAUUGGUCUACAUGGAGAAUGCCUUCGACGCUAAAAAUCGUGAGCUCAUCAAGUCUGGUCCCGCUUUCGCACGCCACAUCGGAGACGACAGACUGAGACUCGUUCGUAACUGGGCAUGGUUCACAGCCAAACGCUAUCUGUACAUCAACAUCCAGGAAGACGGAGCACGCAAUUUCAUCUACGACAGUCCUAAAGGCAAUGACGAAAUCGGCGCAGUAGCCUUGGAGAGAGCUACAGAAGUCAUGAAAUACCUCGAGGCGCCAGACUCUCUCUUUGGCCUCACAUUUGAGCAAGUGACCAAGGUCACCGAGAUCGUCCUUCGCAUCACGCCCAAAGCGAAGCCAAAGGUGGAAGAAAAGGCCACUCAGUAA